GCAAUGCAGGAUGAAAUUUUGUUGACUCCCUGGAGAGAGUUUGUAGAUGACUUGGAGCCGCCUUCCCYGGAUGAACAGGAGUGGGAUUUCGUCCUUGUGAGUGACAUCCAUCAAAUGGGCAGUGAGAAAGAGAUCAAGAGGAAGAAGUUCCUGGACGAGCUGAGCAAGAAGGGRUUCACCAUCAAGAAAAUUGAAGACAAGAAGCUGUUUUACGGGGUGCGUGCCCCAAAAUGGAUCUUCCGGAAAUACCAAUGGCUCCUGAGGAGCCCRGGCAGCAGGAUGCAAAGCCCCAGUGACGAGCAUGAUGUACCAGUGACCACCAGGAUACGGAUCGUGAACUUCAUCCUGCAGAACACGGUGACUCCUGACCUUGAGAAGCUGUGCGACCUGAUGAAGAAGAAGGUCUUUGAGACAGCGUUUCCACUGCACGAGAGAGAAGAAAAAAAUGUAUUUGUAAAGGAGAAAUGGGCUCGAUGGAGAGACAUCUGUUGUGAACAGCCAAUCGAGAACAUCAGGGGUUACUUUGGCGAGAAGGUGGCCCUGUACUUCGCCUGGCUGGGCUGGUACACCUACCUGCUGGGAAUCGCUUCCGUGUUUGGAAUGCUCAUCUUUGUGAUUGGGAUUACAGUGCUCAGCUCCAGCCAGCUGAGCAAGGAGAUCUGCAAAGCCAACACAACCAUCAUGUGCCCGCUCUGCGACCAGAAGUGCCCCUUCUGGCUGCUCUCCGACACCUGCACCUACGCCAAGAUCACUCACAUGAUUGACAACGAGGGGACAGUUUUGUUCGCCAUGUUCAUGGCCAUCUGGGCCACCGUGUUCCUGGAGCUGUGGAAGAGACAGAGGGCCACCGUGGUCACCAAGUGGGACCUGUACGAGUGGGAUGACGAUGAGGAGGAACUGGCUAUGGAGCUCAUCAACAACCCCCUGCACGAGCCCCAGCAGUACCAGCACUCCUACUUCCGCAGCACCAUCGUAAUCCUCUUGGUUCUGGUCAUGAUCGCCGUGCUCAUCGGGAUCGCCCACGCGCUCGUCAUCUACCGGGUGGUGGCAAUGGCUCUCUUCACCCAGAGCAGCCUGGAGUUCAUCCGGGAGCACGCCAACACGGUCGCGGUGGUCACGGGGGCCGUUCUACACUACCUCACCAUCGUCAUCAUGACCAAGGUUAACAGGCACGUGGCCCUCUACCUCUGCGACCUGGAGCAACCACGGACCUUCUCCCAGCGCGAGAACAACUUYACCGUGAAGAUCUUCACCUUCCAGUUCUUCACAAACUUCUCCUCCCUCAUCUACAUCGCCUUCUUCCUGGGGCGGAUCAACGGCCACCCAGGAAACUACGUGCGUGUGGCGGGCAAGUGGAGGCUGGAGGAGUGCCACCCCAGCGGCUGCAUCACCGACCUCUUCAUCCAGAUGGCCACCAUCACGAUCCUCAAGCAGACCCUCAGCAACUUCGUGGAGUACCUGGUCCCCUGGGUAACCUACAUACACAAGCAGCAGAAGCUCCCCAAGAAGAAAAACCUGAUCCUGGGGGAGGAAGAGGAGGCCGAGGACCCCUGCAAACAGUGGUGGCUCAGCAACUACCAGCUCAACCAAGUCCACACCUUCAGCUUGUUUGAUGAGUUCCUGGAGAUGGUGAUCCAGUACAGCUUCACCACCAUCUUCGUGGCUGCCUUUCCGCUCGCCCCAGUGCUGGCCUUCAUCAACAACCUCGUCGAGAUCCGUCUGGACGCCAUCAAGAUGGUGCAUUUACGGCGGCGCAUGGUGCCCAGGAAGGCCAACGACAUCGGAAUCUGGCUGCAGGUCCUGGAAGCCAUCGGCAUCCUGGCCGUCAUCGGCAACGGACUGGUGAUCGCCAUCACAUCCGACUUCAUUCCCAUACAGGUSUACAAGUACACAUACGGCCCCUGUGUGGCAGGGAACAGCAGUGCCCUGGACUGCUCAGCCGGCUACAUCAACCACAGCCUCUCCACCUUCCGCAUCCGGGACUUCGAGCCGCACAUGAGACUGCCCGAGCAGCUGCCAGACUUUGCCAGGCAGGGCAUCACGGAGUGCAGGUACCGAGACUACAGGAACGCCGGCGACUACAGCUACACGGUCCAGUUCUGGCACGUGUUUGCAGCCCGGCUCGCCUUCCUCAUCCUCUUCGAGCAUGUGGCUCUGUGCAUCAAGUUCAUCGCAGCCUGGUAUGUCCCCGACGUCCCCCAAUCCGUUAAGAACAUCAUUCUGGAUGAGAAACACACCAAGCUUCAAAAAGGACUGAGCAUGAUGGAGUACUCCACGGACGUGUAGCGGGGCUCACCGAGCAGCACACGCCUGAGCGGCG